GUUUUGUUUAUGUUUAUAAAAAUAAAAUAAAUUCCCUCAUAAAUUCCUUUUCUUUCCAUUCGAAACUAUUCAUAAAAAAUAAAUUGUUAUUUAUUUAUUUUUCUCCAUAAUACAUAAAUCAAGUUCACCAUGGAGGACGAACAUCCAGAAAUGGAAUGCGAAGUGUGCGGCGGUACAAAUUUCCACAAAGAAUCCGGCCAUUUUUACUGUAACGAAUGUCAGACGCAAUCGCAGCAGGUGCAAGAGCACGUUUUCGAACAAGAAGAGGCCGAGAUUCACAAAAAAUCUACUAGAAAAAUUCAAAAAGACAAAUCUGAAAAAGCCAAAAACAAACUAACCAGUUGGGAAUGCUACAAUUACAUCUUAAAAGGCUUGACUCUAGAGCUGGUAAACUUAGGAGCAAACCCCCAAUUGAUCCCAACAGUUAAGUGUCUGUGGAUGAAAUAUUUACACCAAUUAGAAGUUUUCGACAUAAACACGAAUCAAGCCCCCAAAGUUUCAGUGCGAGGAUCGAAAAAAGAUCUUGAUAUUUUGUAUAAUAGGAAAAAACGUAAAAGAAGGCGAAGCUUGUCGACGUCCACUGCUACUUUGAGUGUGCGAAGACAAAGGUCUACAAAAAAAAGGGCGCUUGUAAAGAAUCAGUACGAAGAGUUGUCACAGUCUCAAACAUUAACUCAGAAUAGUUCAAUGGCCAAUGACAGCUUGUCCAAUUUGAAAAGUGGAUCGGAAUCUUCAGGUGCUAGUGUUAAAAUUAGUUAUAACAAGUAUAGCAACGCAGAGCUAAAACGAAUAAUGUCUAGAAAACAUCGAAAAGAUCACAUGGAAGACGUCGAUGGCGAAUUAACUUGCCACAAAUUAACUCGAAAAACAAUGAGAGCCAGUUUUCUCAGAAGCGCAUCCAAUCUGACCUUGUCCACAUUGUACACCAUCCUAUACAUUGGUUUGCUGAUUACCAAAGAUCCCAUACAAUUAGGAGAUUUACUAAGAUUCAUUAGAGAGGGCCAUGUGAGUUUUGCCUGUUUUAGACAUUUUUUUCCUGAAGAUAUUUCAGAGAAAAAUUUGACUUUGCCUUGGAGAUCUGAACAAUUACUUGGAGUUUAUCUUUUUCGGAAACGAUGUGGCGACAUGAUUAAAUUUCUAGGGGUCGCCAAGUAUAUUCAAAAACCUGACUUGAUCGGAUUAUGCCGCAGAUAUUGUAGAGAAUUAAAUUUGCCUGAUGAAGUUUUCUUUUGCGUGAUGAAAUUUAUUUUAAUUUCGAAGCCAAAAAUGAAAUGUGAUAAAGUUUUUGUACCAAACUAUGAGGCAAGAGCUAUGAGCUUUAUAAUAUUCACUUUGAAGCUUCUAUUUGGUUUAGAUGAGAAAACUGAAGCAAAUUUAUCAACUUUUGCAGACAUAUUGAAUGAUAAUCAAUUUAAUUUUUGGAAAUGGCUUCAGUUUAUCGGCUUUCGAGCUGCGGUAAUCAAAAAAUACCAUUUCCCUUCAAAUUAUAAUAAUAUUAAUAGCGAUAUGUAUUUGAAUUAUUUAAAAAAUCAAAACAUUAAGUUUCAAAACUUUAAUAGACUAAUACAUACAGAAGUUAAGGAUUAUUUGCAAAUAUUAGAAAAAAUAGUUACUGAUAAUGAUAAUGAUUAUUUUAAAUUCGAGCCUUCAUUGACGCCUUUUUUCAGUUACACUAAAAUUAUAAUGAAUAAAAUAAAAAUACCUAAUAGUGAAAUUUUAUUGCAAAAAUUUCAAAAUAAUUCUCUAAAAUGCAUUUUGCAGCCCUUGGAUUACCUCGAUUUAGCUGAAAAUAAAACAAAAAUUAAAAAUGGAGGUGCCAAUGACGAUAUUAUUAUUGAGGAUUUUUUGUAUGAAUUUAAAAAUUCAGGUGAUUACAACAGAAGAGCGAAAAAACGUCUAGUUACUGUUAGAAUGUCCACUAGUUGCGAAAAUAUAAGUAUGGCCGAAAAUAAAUCAUUAAAACCUACAAAUAAAAACGUUUUUUUAUCGAAUUGGCAACAGGGGAAUGAAAAAUAUUUUUUAAUAAAUCGAGAUUUAAUGAAAAUUGCUUCAAAAAAGCCUAAAAAACUAAAUAUUUCCAAAAAAUAUCCAAUUCAUUACAACCCUUUUGAAAGAUAUUGGAUGAACAUUCCCCUUAACUCAGCGGUGACCUACUUUUGCAAAGAUUUCAUGGAUGAGCUUUUAGAGAAAUUUCCUCUUUCUUUAUCAAUGGUACUGAAGGAGUGCGCCAGGAUAGUGGAACAGGAGGAACGGGAUGUUUUCUCUGAAUUUUUAUUGAGUGAAAUUUAUUUGGUCUAUUGUGUGAAGUUUGGUUAUAAAGAGACGAAUAAAGCAUCCAAUGAGAUUCGAAAUAUGGUAGCUAAGGCUGUAGCGCAUUGGUAAAAGAAAUUUGUUAUCUUAUUUUUAAUAAAAUUCCUAUACUUUUAA